CCGGCAAUUCGCCGAGAGAUUGCGGAUUCACCAUGCACUGAUGGAAAGUAUGUUCGUCUUAAUACGGAAGUGCCUGUGCUAGAAGUUGAUGAAAGCGAUAAAGAAAUUGAAUUUAUGACACCUCCGAAUGUGAUUAAGAAGAAGCUUUUGGUUUCUAAAUCUAAAAAGCCUUCCCUGAAAAAAAUGAAUUUAAAGAAGCAGGGAAAAAUUAAGAAAGAAAAGAAAGGGAAAAUUGCAAAAAAACAACUUACGAGUGCAAUUGAGCAAGGAAAGGAAAGGACCCCAGUGAAGCAAGAACUAAGUUCAAAUGAAAAAUGUGAGUUCCAAAUGAAAAAAGUGACCCCAGAG